CUUUGUCUUUGCUGCUUAUAUACCUUUAAUUUUACUUUUUAUUUUUAUUUUUAUGAAUCCAAACGUCUCAUGGCUGGCUCCGAGACUGUCUAUGGAAUCCAUCAUUUCGACGCUGAGAAUGACGACGAGAUCUCAUUCUCGGUAGGAGAACCUUUGAUUGUAAUCCAGCGAGAUGACGGCUAUGACGAUGGAUGGUGGCAUGGUCGUAAUGCUCUUGGUCAGAUUGGCCUUUUCCCCGUAAACUACACUUCUCCAAUCCCGCUCAUAAACACACCCAUAAACACACCCAUAAACACACACGCAGAUACAACCAUUCAUACCACGUCUUUGCCCACACCUUCUACAUCCAAUCAACUUCAAAAACCAGCUAAUCCUCGAGUAGACUCAUCUCCAACCAUAACACGCCCAAACCACAUGUCACACCCUUCUAUUGAUCGAACUGACGAGGCAUCUUCAAUUCCUCAAUCAGCUCGCAUGUCACAACCAUUCUCUACUCGACCGGACCAACCAAUUUCACAUCAAAACUAUUCUUAUCCCACAAAACUUCCCAGCCCUGUUGUCCGUCCAGAAUCCAUAUCUCCUCCACAUUCACAUUCUAGUACCACCACAACUCCAAAUACAACCCCACCUGUGACUACUCAUCAACCGUCCUUAAGAAAUACCCAAAAGACCUUCUCGGAUAGUAUGGCGCAUCCAGCCAUUGCUAACACAAAUCCAGAAGAUUGGUCUGUAGAUCAGGUAGGCAUUUGGCUCGAAGCAAUGCAAUUCGGCCAAGUGGUUCACAUCUUUAAAGCACAAGAAAUCAGCGGUGAUAUUCUACUUGAGCUCACGAUCGAAUCACUCAAAGAGCUGGACAUCAACACAUUUGGAAAGCGAUUCAAGAUUCAUAGCGCCAUUAAUGCCCUGCGCGAAGAAAGGAGCCGUCAAGAAGGAGGAGGGGCCAUUACUCCGAUACGGAACCUUACCGAGAGCCCGCCACCACAGCGCCAAUCGUCGUCCAAGCAUUCACGAACCACAUCUAUGUCCGAAAGAUACCAUACCCAGAGUAGAGAUUUUGGACACAAAAAUGUUCCAAGCCAGGAUACCGAUAGUGGCAGAACAAGUAUAGGAUACAGCAGACCAGAGAUGAUGGAAUCUGGUGUCUCUCAAAGUGACUUUGAACCUCGUCGACUAGCAACAUCCUCCUCUUUCCAACCUCCCUCUAAAAACACCAACUCUAUUACUUCUAUUACUACAACUGACCACCCAGUCAACGAUACCAUCAUUCAUGCUCAUCAAUCUACCCGAGACUUCCCUCAAAUUAGAAGUCGCUCUGAUUCCAUGAGAAGUUCAUUCUUCCCAACCGGAAAACCUCAGUCUAUUCUGCCAGUCGAUUCUCGUUCUUCUAUGGACAGCAUAAAUCAACGGACACGAUAUUCGGAUGGUAGUGUGGCCCCAGACAUGGAAGGCUGGCUCCACAAACAAAGCGACAAAUACAGAACGUGGAACAAACGAUGGUUUGUUCUUAAAGGCUAUAAUCUAUUCUACUUCAAGAGCCCUACGGAUGUACGUAUGAAGGGCAUUAUCAAUCUUCGAGGCUACAAAAUCAUCUUGGACGAAAAUAUUCAUGCCGGAAAAUAUUCAUUCAAAGCUCAACAUGAUACAGAACGCACGUUUUAUUUUCACACUGAUACAGAAAAUAGCAUGCGUGCCUGGCUCAAAACCCUCAUUAAGGCCACAAUUUCUAGAGACUACAAAGCUCCUGUCAUGUCAUCAAGUACAAUCCCAACUGUCAGUCUCGAUACUGCUAGAAGAAUGAAACCUCGUCCUCCUUCGGUACUCCUGUACGCCAAAGAAAACCCACCGCCUAUUCCGAUGCAAACCAUUCCACACUCCCCUACUGACUCAUCCAUACCUCCAAUGACUCCACGUGCUGUCCCCUCCACACCACGAAGCGCCCGCCCACGUUCACAAUCCUGCUCAGAUCUCUCUUUUAACACCCACGACUCUGAUUCAACAAUUCGCCAUCGCGUCCCUAGCCCGGACGUAAAUCCGCUCCGCCCCUCCUACGACAGUCGCAAAGCAUAUCAGGAUUCUGGGUUUAGCUACACUGCACGUUCGAUGGCUAUCUCGGCUACUCAGCCAAGUUUAAUGUUUUACCAACCCUCGACCAAUUCCACAACAUCCUCAUCUCCCCCAAUAAGCACGGGGUCAUCGAAUACUCUGAACACCAUUGUUACUGCUAGUGAUUUAAAUCCACCGAAAUUGCCUAGUCAACCACAACCAAAAUACUUGCCUGGUAGCAACCGAUAUAAUGGUGAUGACAGUAAUACAGCAACAUCAGCAACAGAAGAAGAAGAAGAAAGUGGUGGUGAUGGUAACGACAACGACGACGGCGACUUGGCAGAAUAUCGACCGGGUGGACUGCGUCGCUUAACUGAAGAAAGUCAGACAAACGUGUCAUUAAUGAUGCCAAAGGAUCAUGAGGACUGGAACUCUGCAGAUUAUAUUGACUGGGUUAACCAGAUAAUCUACCACAAGCUCAAUGACCUGACCGAGUUUCGUACGGGAGACAUGUUGAUUGAGUUACUUGAGAGUUUGAGUGGUAAAGAAGUCGAACGUUUACCUACUGGUGGUGGUGGUAGCAGUAGUAGUAAUGGAUCGACUGUAUCGGCAAGUAUGCACAUGCUAGACAAAAUUGUAGCUGCCUUCAAGUUUAUGAGCCGCGAAGGAGUUGAUAUAGAGGGACGAUUUACAAUCAAAGAUAUAUUUGGUGGCAAUGAACAGAAGAUUGUGGAUAUGUUGAGUGCUAUCAAGACCUGGGUUGAUUCAUACCAAAUCGUGAGUGCCAAGAAAGCUAGCGGUGGUACAUUUGGUGCCAAGAAUGAUCGAGAUGAUUUGCGAGCUUGGGAUGAUGACAUAAACUUUUAAUAUUAUUAUUAUUAUUGCUAAUAAUAUUAAUAUUAAAUAAAUAAGAAAAAAAUAAGAAAGGAAAUAUGUAUAUUUAAGAAUAUAUUAUAUACAUAUAGAAUUUUUAAACCC